AACACCACCCUUAACAUUGCCAUCACAGGGGUGUCGGGUGCUGGAAAAUCUUUGCUUGUCAACGCCCUGCGAGGAAUGACAGACUUUGAAGAAGGUGCAGCCGAAACUGGGGACACGGAAACAACAAUGGAGCAACAGAAAUAUCCCCAUCCCACAUUCCCCAAAGUAACACUAUGGGAUCUUCCAGGAAUUGGGACUCCCCAGUUUGAACCAAAGCAAUACUUGAAGAAGGUACAUUUUGCAGAGUAUGAUUUCUUCAUAAUCGUUGCCUCAAAUCGCUUCACUGCGAAUGAUGCUCUCCUGGCUCAUGAAAUUCAGAAGAUGAGCAAGAAGUUCUACUAUGUGCGCACCAAAGUGGAUGUCAGUAUAGAUUCUGAAAGAAGGAAACCAGACUUCGCUGAGAAAUACCUGGAGAAGAUUAGGACAUGCUGCAGAGAUAACCUGACACAGGCAAGAGGAGAAUCUGUUCCAAUGGUUUUUCUCAUCUCCAGGUAGGAUUUGGAUCUGUAUGACUUCCCCCUCCUUCAAGAGACCUUGGAGAAUGACUUGGAUGAUCUCAAGAGAGAUGUUUUAAUUACAGCUAUGCCAGCUUUUCCCAAAGAAGUCCUGAAGAAGAAGAAGGCUGCUAUGGAGUCCUUCAUAUGA